AUCGCUUGCUCGAUAAUCUACAGCACUGCCUUGGUAGCAGAUUGACCUGACCUAAAGAUGGCAGCGUUGUCUUCACCGCUACGCGUGUGUCGCGGUAUCCUGAAGGAGUUGCGGUCGUCUAAGGGACCGGAAUAUAAACAAACGCUAGCGUAUAACUUUGUUUUGGAUCAAUUUCGUAAAAACCAGGUCACUAAUGAACGGCACUGCCGCGCACGGAGGGAAGCUCUUCAUGCCUCCCACUCCUACCUGUGUCUUCUGGCAUCGACCCGACACCACCUCACCCUGCACAAGCUCUUCCAUGGCAAAGGGGAGCGAGAACCAGAGCAGGUGGCCAGAUUAGUGGGCCUCCAACUGCCCACACAGCCAGGAGGGAAAGGAUGGGAAAAAUGAAGGUGGAGGCACAACGACUGAUGGUGGCUGUGGAGCCUGGCUUUCUUUCACUAUUUUAAAAAGCUGUUCAACUAGUAUAAUUAAAAUACCUAAAAGUGAAAUAAAGAUUGCUGUACAAAAUAAAAACAAAUUUUCAUCAUGCAGAUGAGAUAAUGUAACAUACAAGGGAAAUAAAGACUGAUAGGCAAAUGGUGUGUAUUAAGGGCACACAGCCAACAGAGGUCAUCGCCUUCUCCAUCUCGAAAAAGAUGUACAAAGUUUAUGAACGUCUUUGCUUUUGGUCAAUGUGAAGGUCCUUGACCUUUUUUGGGUUUCAUUUUGACAGCGUCACUGUACUUGUGAAUGAAUAUUUUUCCGUACAGUGUGUGUAAAUGUAAACAAUGUGACAUAUCUGGAAUCAUAGCAGUUAAAGAAUUGGUGUUUUGAAUAAAUCGUACCUUUUCCAUGCAA